AUGUCGGGUAAAUUGAGACCCUACUCAUGUGUAACUUGUCACAAGCGGAUUAAGAAAAGUGAGAGGCGGCCUGUCACGGGCAGUCAGAACAAAGCUCUGCGACAGUUUUUGUCUAAAACAUUUGUGACUGAUUUGUGUGAUGCAGAUGUGGUGUGUAACAAAUGUAGACAGCUAUACUAUUCGUCAAAGCAAUCAGAAGCUAUUGUCAGUAAUGAAAUAGGAAAAGAGAAUGCUAAUCCUAAAGGUCCACAAGAAUCUAGUGAGUCGUGUAUUUCGUUGCCAAUACCAUCCACGGGAUACAGACAUGAUGCCUGUGCUAUCUGCAGUAAGAAACCUCGGAAACUUGUUGUCGUAUCUGAACAAUCACGCCAUGAGCUGUUCAUGCAUACCGGUGUACUUCUUACGGAAGGAUCAAGAUGCUGCUCAAGACACGUUUCAGACAGGCAUUUAACGGCAGAGACGGUGAACAGCGGCGUUUCCUCCAAGACGAGGAAUCACACAACCUUCAAUAAUGAAGAAGUUUGUCACCUUCUAGAGAGCGUGCGACAGCUUGCCAAAAGAAAAGAUUCCACACGCAUUGAUUUUGACAACGACUCAUCACUGACAGACGAGGACUAUAGAAAUCUUACAGGUCUUACUCGGUCCGAGUUUGACGAUUUGAUGAGCAACAUUAAAGAAAUCAGGCAGUCAAAAUCCAGAAGCACCAGGACAUGCGUUGCCAUAUUACUUGUAAAGUUAAAGUGUGCUCUUGACAACAAGAUGUUGGCAACGAUGUUUAACAUGAAAAAGUGGCAGGUACGUAGAGCUGUUUCAUCUGCAAGGAAAGCUUUAAUGUCCGACUUUGUACCGCAUAAUUUAGGAUUUGGGCACAUUUCCCGAGAGGAAGUUAUAGGGCAGCACACACGUCCACUGGCACAGGAAUUAUUUUCCAACGGACUGACUGAGACUCCCCAAGCAUUGCUUGUUUUAGACGGGACUUAUAUUUAUAUUCAAAAAUCCAACAACUUCAGCUUUUCUCGACGUUCUUACAGUCUUCACAAGCACAGACCGCUCAUCAAACCAAUGAUGAUAGUCACUACUUCCGGGUAUAUUGUAUCAGUCCUCGGUCCCUACUUGGCGGACACUAAGAACAAUGACGCUGGAAUCCUGAAUAAUAUGAUUCAAAGAAACGUCGAAGAGAUGACAGACUGGGUCAAAGAAGGGGACACUUUUAUUGUUGAUCGGGGAUUUAGAGACAGUUCCAGUGUUCUCGCUGAUCUUGGUAUAAGGAUGGAAAUGCCAUGUUUUUUAGCGAAGGGUUCAAAACAGCACAGCACAGAGGAAUCAAACUGCUCUAGACUGAUUACUAAGGUGCGAUGGGUCGUGGAAUCCGCCAAUGGUAGACUCAAAAGAUGGCGCUACCUGGACAGAACUGUUCCGAACACGCAGAUUCCCUACGUAGGAGAUUAUGUACGGAUUAUUUCUGCAAUCUGUAAUAAAUACAAACCACCACUCAGUUCUGGAGAAGCAGAUGAAGAUCUUGCCACCGCGUAUAAGAUGCUUCACCUUUCUCGCCAGCCAAAUGCUCUUCGUUUACUGGUGGAAUCCGAGGGAAUGGACCAAAGGUCAUAUCCGUGGACGAAGAUUGAUGCCACCGAUGUUGCCCCAGACUUUCCCCGGCUGUCUGAGGAGGAAAUCCGCGAGCUCACUCUCGGGACAUACCAGGUUAAACUGGCCAGAUCUUAUGCGAAUGAACACCUGAACGAGGACGGGAGCUAUGAGAUACAUAUCAAUGAGGACAUCGAGAACAUAGUUAGUGCGAAAAUUCAAAGUCGUCAUGUGUCAGCAAAAAGGUACCUCUGCUGGAUUCAGCACAGUAACGGGGUGAUACAGACAUGGUACUGUAAAUGCAAAGCUGGAUCUCGCGUGGUGGGAUGCUGCGCUCAUAUCACCAGCGUCGUAUGGUAUUUAUCGUAUGCAAGAUAUCAAGAAAAACCUGUUAUGGGCGUGCGGGACUGGGCAGAGUACUUGGAGGACGCUGCUCGUGUCAUUGAUGCGACAGACAGUGAAGACAGUGAAACUGAAGAGUAAAACUUUCAAGUAGAGUCAUUGUUAUUGAUUCCGAUGAACAUCGAUUAUACUAGUCACUGUUUUUUAUAAAUAUGGAAGUAUAGUCGUGUUAUAGUUGAUCAACCUAAGGGUAUAUUUAUUUCCGGAGUAUAUGUAAAGCGAUGAUUCUUAACUUGUGUGGACAAACGUUACAUCUGUUUAUUAUUUGAUAUUUCUUAUUUCAAGGGGACGAACAAUUAGACUGUCGGGGGUAGA